GCAACUGGAUGAAGGAGGCUUAGACAAAUUGUGCAGGUUUGGCAGCCACUGCCCCAGUGCUACCUUGCAAUCCAGGAAGGAUGCAUGGGAAGUGAAGGAAAGAGGGCAUGAAUAGAGCAGGGGUGUCCUUCUGCAGCAGUCAUGUUACACCAAGCCUGGCAGCUCUAUGGGAGGUGGUGCCGUUGGUCCAGUCCUUUUAUCCAUCUCCUCACACUGACUGUGGUGACAUUCGGUGUGCUCGCACCUUUGAUUUGCCACCGGCUCCUCCACUCUUACUUCUAUUUGCGGCACUGGCACCUGAAUCCCAUGAGCCAGGAGUUCCUGGAGCAGAACCAGCAGGAGGGCCAGGCUGCCCUCCAUUACUUUGAGAAGCUGCAGAUACCAAACGCCUCCAAGGCCUCUGGCAGUGACGCCUUCCAGCCCUUGCUGCUGGUCACCAUUAUCACUGUGCAGAGGCGGAAUGAUUUCCACUAUGUCUUGCAAGUGGCCUCCCGCUUCCACCGCCUCCUCCAGAAAUGUGGUGCACGUUGCCGGAGCCACCGCAUCCUCCUCUGUAAUGUGGAGUCAGACCCCAGAAGCCAUCAGGAUGUCAGGCUGCUGAGCAGCUUCUUUCCUAUGGUCAGUCGUGACAAAACUGGUGAGAACCCUGACCCCAGAGUGAACCAGUUUGAGAAGGAGAAGCAGGACUACGUGUUCUGCCUUGAGCAGUCACUGUUGGCGUACAACCCAGAAUACAUCCUCAUAGUGGAAGAUGAUGCUGUGCCAGAGGAGGAGAUAUUCGCCGUCUUGCAGCACCUCUUGUUGGCCCGGUUCUCCAAACCAUACCUCAGAGACGCACUCUACUUCAAGCUUUACCAUCCCGAGAGGCUUCAGCGCUACUUUAACCCCGAACCCAUGAGAAUCCUUGAGUGGCUAGGCCUGGGCAUGUUUCUGGGGCCUGUGCUGAACUGUGUGUACUCCUGGGCAACUGGGCGUCCCAGCCUCAGCUGGCCCAUUGUCUUGUUCUUUGCUUUGUACAGUAUGGCUUUGUCAGAGCUGGUGGGACGGCAUUACAUGCUGGAGCUGCGCCGGCUGGCCCCCAUGCUGUAUAAUAUCGUGCCGGUCACUGAGUGCUGCACACCUGCCAUGCUCUUCUCUGCUCCAUCUGCCCACCGUGCCUUAGGUUACCUGAAGGGGCUGCACUGCCGCCAGGGUUUUGCUAAGGAUAUUGCCCUCUACUCGCUGCUGCGUACUAAGGGGGAGAACGCCUACGUGGUGGAACCCAACCUGGUCCGGCAUGUGGGAAUGUAUUCCAGCCUUCGGCUAAAUGACAACCCGAAACUGCUGUGAUCUGUUCAUGCCUUUCCAGACACAAAGCCCAGAGAAGUUGCCACUGGGCAGGGAGACAGUGUGCAAACUCAGAUGUUGUGCUGCUCGCACCGGGCAUCCUGUGCCUCCAGGUGGACAAAGAACAACUCUCUUUGAAAAAAAAAGUUUCUUAAAAAAUAAACUUAUGUACACGCAGACCCUACUUAAUAUAUACUUGGAACUAAUCACCGUGCACCAUGUGGGAGGGGAGUGGAGGAUUCCAGCUGAGGGUGUGAAUUGUCUGCUCUCCUUAAUCAUUCUUAGGGAAAAGCUCUCACACCAAUACAAACAGCUAUACUGCCUACUCUGCUUUACGUUGGUUACAGAAAUCCUCAC